GCCGAAUGCUAAUAAGUGAAAUUUGAGCAGGACUUUGACUUAUGCUUCUUCCCGAUUUGAUCUCCUGCAAACCCUAAUUUCCGAAUUCCGAUCCAAUUAGGGAGAGAUCAAUCGUAGUUUUGGCAGGAUUUAGGCCUUCAAUUCCAAACCUCAACUAGAAGAACAAAACCCCUCUUCGAAUUUUGGUCAUCGUUUGUUCAAUUGUUGGUAUGGACUCGCAAUUCCGAAGGCGGUACCUUGUUGCUGUUCUGGUUUCGAUUUUCUUGCUAUGGUCGGGAGUUGAAUCGAUCCGGUUCGAUCUGGAGUCAGGUCAUACCAAAUGCAUAUCCGAGGAUAUCAAGAGCAAUUCGAUGACUGUAGGGAAAUAUCAUGUUGUAAACCCUAACGAGGGGAAUCCUUUGCCAGAAUCGCAUAAAGUCACUGUUCGGGUGACAUCACCUUACGGAAAUAGCUAUCACUAUGCUGAACAUGUCACCGAGGGUCAUUUUGCAUAUCAAGCAUCAGAGCCUGGUGACUACAUGGCGUGCUUUUUUGCUGCUAGUCACCAACCUUCCAUUGUUAUUACUGUUGACUUCGAAUGGAAGUCCGGUAUCGCCGCCAAGGAUUGGGGAAGCGUCGCCAAAAAGGGUUCUGUUGAAUUAAUGGAAAUCGAGCUCAAGAAGAUGUUAGACACAGUGCAAUCCAUAAGCGAAGAGAUGUAUUAUCUACGCGAAAGGGAACAAGAGAUGCAGGAACUGAAUCGUUCGACCAACGACAAAAUGUUCUGGUUUAGUUUUCUAUCCAUUCUCGUUUGCUUAUCCGUGGCUGGACUGCAGUUUUGGCAUCUCAAGUCUUUCUUCGAAAAGAAGAAGAUCAUUUGAUCAUCAAGUUUUUCACCGACAGCGGGCGCCCGGUUAUUUUUAUUUAAUUUUUGUUUCGAAACUGCUGUACAAUUAAGUUAUCUAGAUCCACCCGGUAUACAUUUUUUGUUAUGUCCAAGGCUGUGAAUUUUCAAUAAACUUCAUGUAGGUGUUUUUACGAUACAAAAUCGCUGAGGUAAAUGUGUCUUAAGGAUCCUUUUUCGAAGGGAAGAAAUUCUUGAAAUCGAAUACAUACGGGUCACGACUAAA